AGCUAAAUAUUUUUCUUUGCUGAUCCCCAAACAUCUGUAGUUUAGUUGAACAUUGAAUUUCGAACUCUUCGGACGGCAAACGGGCAAAAAUAAUCAAAAUUAAAUUUGUAGUUUUUCGUGCAAAGCGAGUUCCGACAAACUAAAUCACCAUGUGCAGCUUUCCUUGCUAUCCCUGUGCCGCCUUGUGUCCCUGCGGUGGUAGUGGACCCAGUGGAUUCUACGAUCCCUGCUUCGGACCAUACAAUGGACCCUUUAACUCCUGGUGUGGGGCCAGUGGUCCAGGUUUCUGGGGAGGACGAUGCUGCUAAUUUUUGUCGUGGGUUGCGAAACUGCUAAUCGAUUUAAGCUCUAGCAGUGUCAACUAUUUGCUUGCACAAAAGAACUAUAGCCGUCAAUCAUCCUUGCCCUGCAAAAUAGCAAAAAGGAC